AUGAGAAGACGUUUCACUAGUCAAAAGAACACAAACGCAAAAGCAGAGAUUACGGUUGGUUAUAACGUAAAUGAUGAUAAAUCACGAAUUAUUCAAAAUGUUAAAGUUAAUGUUAGUCCUGAAUUAACAAGGUUUUUAUUAAAUCAAAUUUCAUCUCGUGACUUACCAAAGAAAGAGGAGGAGCAAAAUAAAGAAGAUGAAGACCCAAUCAUUUUAUCUGAACCCGGUAAAGAACCCGUUGAAAUUCCCACUUAUCCAACAUACCCCCCACCUCUUUCAUCAAACAUCGAGAACCCAGGAAUCUACGAUUCCAGUCGCAAUGCGCCAUAUAAAGUAGACAUUAAUUCUGAAUUAAUGAAAAUAUAUCGCGAUAUCAUAACUGAUAAUUAUGAUUCAAUAAUAAAUUUAAUCGAUCAAUCAGGAUUAAUUAUUUUACCAUAUGAGUCAUUAAUUCAUAUUAUCGCUGUUCUUUGUGAUGUUCAGGAUUCAGACGUGAAGAUUCAAUAUUUCAUAGAUGAUGAG